AUCUGUUAGAUCUUUAGCGCUCCUUAGCCGAGAAUUCUUCGAUCAUGAAGUUUGCCUUGUUCUUGCUGGUUGCCCUUGUGGCUGUCGCUUUUGUCAGCGCCAGACCGGAUCAUUCGGGCGGCUACUACCACCGUGGAUACGGAUAUAGACGUGGAUACGGAUAUGGACGACCAUACGGCUAUGGACCUGGCUACGGCUACAGACAUAGAUAUGGUUACUAUGGCUACGGCCGCCCAUAUGGCGCCUACCGUUACCGUUACCAUGGCAAAUAUCCUGGUCACUGCGGACCUGACGGUGUGUACGCCAGAUCUGCCAGCUCUCUGGUCUUCUGUUCCAACGGCCGUGCUCUGGUUCAGAACUGCGCUCCAGGAUCUGCCAUCAGCAAGAUGCAGCUAGGAAAGUACUACUCCAUGGCCGUCUGUGACGUUAACCUUGUUGGUUGAAACUAAUCUCACAGCUGGAUGAAAUCCUUCCCGGCCAGAAAAGCGGUUUUCAUGGAAUUUGCAAAUUUAACGCCUUAUGGUCACGUUCAAAAUAAAAGAUUUGUUUAAAAUGA